UCUAACAGUGGGGCUGUAUUAAAUCCCAACUGCCCUACUGACCCACACAUCCAUGUGUUGGUCAUCUUCUAUCCCACCUCCCCCCACGCCUCAUCCAUCUAGGUACCUAUUUGUAUAUAAUAUGGGUAUUCUGGUGGUACCUAAGGGCCAGCCAAGAGUGGGAACCCAUUGUGCUUGGUGCUGUACAAACACCCAGUAAUAGAUGUUCCCUGCCCCCAAAGAGCUUGCAGUCAAAAUAGAUAAGACCAUGACAGGUAGGGGACAUCUAGGGGGAGAUACAAGAAGGAGAGAGGGGGCCAGGAAAUGGAAGCUAGGUCUCCUCAGUGACAGGACAGAGUCUUAUCUGCUAGGCCGUUCUUCCUCCCCACCGCCUUUUGUCCUCCUCCCCCAACCUACGGUGGACUGAGUCCAAGCUUCUGACCUGAGUGAAAAACCUACCAGUGGGCUUUUGAUCCGGCCCUUUGCCCCUUCCGGACCCGAGACCAGCAGUUGGAAGGACAGGGCCAUGUCUGUUCCAGGAGGUGCAGCGGUGUUUUACUGCAGACAUUUGUGGAAUUGCCGGAAUGGGUUAGAGCCAUGGGUUAUGCUUCCUUAAUGUCCUGUCUCUAGCAUAAUGAACGCCACUGCUUCUCCGUGUGAAAUGGGGCCCUGCCGACUGGGCACAAACCAUUGAUGGGUGCACUACUUCUCAAGCAGGUCACUCGUUAGCCGAAAACCGUCCCCAGCCUCCGUUAUGAGUAACAACAGUUACAAGGCUGUGAUCGCAGAGAACCAGUCAUCGUAACGCGGAAUCUCCUCCCCUCCGUCCCACUUGGGUACCAGUCUAAGACAAAACAAAGGCAAUCAGGUCUUCAAACUGCUGGGGAUAAUGAGGAGUCUCUCUCGGAGAGACAGCUCAACCACCAGCCCGUCAGGGUGAGAAAGAAGCCCUGAGUUCACCCCUCAAUUGCUUGUGUUGUGGCGGGCGGGAGCUGUCUGCUGGUUCCUUCGGUGCAGUCUGCUUUAAACAGCAGCAAUAGGAGAGACAGUUUGUAAAAGCUUGUAACACAGCCCGGAGAGCUUCCUUUAUUAAGCUGUUUUCAAAAAUAAAUAGCAGAUCCCUUAAUGCUGACAGAGCUCGGGGGGCUAGGAACUGUCUGUCUGGCACCGCGGAACAGCUGAGAGACGGAGGCAUUUCGCUGUUUAGUGUUAAAGAAAAAGUGAUGUCCUCAGCACCAGAGGAAUUGAAAACAAUCCUUGUCUAACUAGCUGCAAAUCAGCUCUAGUUUUGCCUUUCUAAUCCCAAUCGACCUGUAGUUCUCCUACAAGAAAGUACUGCACUGUUAAGGAAGCAAUGUCCGGGCUGGAGCCACGUUAGCUCUAGACUCCAUCAUAAGCAGGUGUAGAUUUCCCUGAGUUAUUAGGGGAGGAUGGGACUUUGGAGCCCAGAGGAAAUUAAAUAAUUAGACUCGUCUUUUAGCUGCAAAGUAACUUUCUUCACCUGCUUUUCCAGUCUAUUCCAUCUUCUCUACCGCCUCACCCUAGAUGAGAUCCCAAAAGGCAGAUCCGAUUAUAGGCAGGGCAAACUGUUGAAUCCAUCAUCUCCAUCUCGCCCUAAAGUCCUCCAGAGUGGACUAAAUAGUCUAAAUAGGCAAGACAGAAUUAUUACCUUCAUUGUACAGAUGAGAAAACGGAGGCCGACAUAAAUUAAAUGAUUUGCCCAAGGUCACACAGGGAAUCAGUGGCAGAGCCAAGAAUUGAGCCCAGCUCUUCUGAGUCUUAAUGCAGCACCUUCACUUAACUACAGGAUCAUGCACAACCCUCAGGGCAAGAGCUCACCUUCUUUCCAAAAGUUACAGGCUUGCUCAGGAGACAAUAACGGAUUUUGAUUCACCAGACUUUUGAGAUCGGCACGGAAAGGGAGCAGUGCGCUAGCACCAAUUCUUGCUUUAUGUUGCCAAAAAUGAUUUUACUGUUGCCGAGCUGACACCAGUGCCACCCUGGCCACUGCAGCUCUCUCUGCUCUGCUCUCCCCAAACUCCAGCCAAUGACAGAUGUCCCCGGCAGUGGCUUUAUACGGUUCAAUUUGCAUGAUCACGCCAGAUACCGUUCACCUUUGUACAGGCUGAUUUGUUUCUCCAGGAGCUGCAUGCAAAUAAACCUGAGGAGUUGGGACACUGUGCUGAGCAUUUGAGCACAGCAGACCCUCCGAGUGGGAUCAGAGCAGGUAGGCAAAUUUGGAUUUGCCUACACAGGGUGACACCAGUUUACCUAAAAAAGAUCUGAUUUUAAUCGAUUUUAUUAAACCAGUGCAAAAGACCAAGUGGAAUGGUGGGUCUUAUUUCAGUUUAAACUAGGCUCCUUUCGGUUUAGUUUACUGCAAUUAGAAAGAGGUUUAAACUAAACCAAGAUAACCAAUUUAAGAGGGUCUACACAGGCAUUUGUGCCAGAUGAAUUAAACUGGUGUAAGUAAAUCCGCUUAACUAAAAUAGUGCAAAUGUCUGUGUAGAUGAGUCAAAGAAAGAAAGAUGAGUUUUAGAACAAUUUCAGGGGACGCUGUUUGUUUAACAAAGCACUGUGCUCUCUGGGUGUUCGUAUUUAAUUGUAAAAGCUUCUUCCAAAGCAGAGGACCCUUUUCAGAGGUUCUUUUCAGAUCCCCUUUCGCCCCCCCCCCCCCGCUUUUUUGGCAUUCAUUUAAAUGUUGGCCAUUAAAAUAUGUAUGAGCAUGACAGAGGGUAUUGGUUUUAUUAGAGACACCCGGCAAAACUGGAUAAACCCUUAUUCAUUCACAGAGGGUCCCGCCACACCCAAACGUGUGUGGGGUUGAAUAUGUAGACACACGUCGCACAUAUUCUGUAUACAAUGUGUGUAUAUUCCCUGCACGUGAUUCAAAACCUAACGAGCUCUGGGCGGAAAGGACUAGCAGAAGCAGGUCGAGAGAGAUGGAGCUAAAAGACUUUAUGCAAACACAUGCGUGGAGGAGGAAGAUGGACCCGUUGCUCUGGCUGUGGAUCGCAGCUUUCCUGGGGGUGAGCCAGGGCUGCCCGGAGCCCUGCUCCUGUGUGGACAAAUACGCCCAUCAGUUCGCAGACUGCGCUUACAAAGAUCUGCAGGCGGUCCCCGUGGGGCUGCCCUCCAACGUGACCACCCUCAGCCUGUCCGCCAACAAGAUCACCUCCCUGCAGAAGAGCUCCUUCAUGGAGGUCACCCAGGUCACCUCGCUGUGGCUGGCGCACAACGAGAUCAGCGCCAUCGAGCAGGGCACCUUCGCCAUCCUGGUGCAGCUGAAGAACCUGGACAUCAGCUACAACCAGAUCAUAGACUUCCCCUGGGGGGAUCUGUACAACCUCAGCGCCCUGCAGCUACUCAAGAUGAACAACAACCACAUGGUGAAGCUGCCCUGUGAGGCCUUUCACACCCUGAAAGACCUGAGGUCCCUGCGCAUCAACAACAACAAGUUCACCACCAUCGCCGAGGGCACUUUCGAUUCUCUGACUUCCCUGUCUCACCUGCAGAUCUACAACAAUCCCUUCAACUGCACCUGCAGGCUUCUGUGGCUGAAGAGCUGGGCUGAGAACACCCUGAUCUCCAUCCCCGAGAGGGACUCCAUCAGCUGUGCAGCCCCGGACAGCCUCCGAGGCGUCCCCCUGGGGAGGAUCCCAGACCUGCAGUGCGAGCCUCCCUCUGUGCAGCUGACCUACCACCCCAACCUGGACAACACCGAGCUCUAUGACGGCUUCACGCUCCUGCUGCACUGCAGCGUCAGGGGCAGCCCCCAGCCGGAGAUCAGCUGGAAGGUGCAGACCGCCAGCCAAGACCUGGAGAUAAAGGGGCCCGGCGUGGAGAGGAUUGGGAACGAGCUACCCGCUGGCAGCUCCAAGCAGGGCACAGAACGCUUCCUGGUCUACGGGAACGGCACCCUGGUCAUCCCCCACCUGAGCAAGCGCGAGGAAGGGACCUACACCUGUCUGGGCACCAACGAGCUGGGCAGCAACCAGACCUCGGUCAACGUGGCUGUGGCCGGGGCCCAGAAAUACCCCGCCCGCCCCAUGGAGGAUCCCCUGGCCGGUAAAGCGCAGCCGGGCGAGAGGAAGCCGAGCCCUAAGGGCUCCAAGAACAGCGUCCUCAGCCCCGAGGAGAGGCCCAAACCCCUCAGCCCCACCCGGCACAGCUCCCACUCGCCGGGCCUGGAGCAGGUCCCCACCAAGCGACCCCUCUUCGAGAAGAAUUGCGGUUCCAGCGCGGACACCCAGUACGUCUCCAACCAUGCCUUCAACCAGAGCGGCCAGCUGAAGCAGCACACCUUCGACCUGGGCGUCAUCGCGCUGGACGUGUCGGAGAAGGAGGCCAAGGUGCAGCUCACCCCCUUCUACGGCCAGCCGGAAAAAGCCCACCUGCGGGCGCUCUACCUGUGCGCGGAGAGCGGCCAGGGCCACUCCAUGGUGCAGUGGUCCAGGAUCGAGGAAGGAGUGAACUCCUACUGGUUCCAGGGCUUGACCCCCGGCACCAACUACUCGGUCUGCCUGACCUACCUGGGGGAGGACUGCCAGGUACAAGUAGUCUUCACCACCAAGAAGGAGAUCCCCUCCCUCAUCAUCAUCGUGGUGGUCAGCAUCUUCCUGCUGGCCCUGGCCACCGUCCCCCUGCUGGGGGCCACCUGCUGCCAUCUGCUCGCCAAGUAUCAGGGCAAAACCUACAAACUCAUCAUGAAGGCCCAGAACCCGGACCAGAUGGAGAAGCACAUAGCGGCCGACUUCGACCCGCGGGCCUCUUACCUAGAGUCGGAAAAGAACUACAACCCAAGUGAGGCGGGGGAUGGUGAGGAGGAGCGGGAGGCGGAGGAGGAGAGGGAGCUGGAGCGAGACGAGAGCCUGGUGGCCGAGUCCAUCGCUGAGUCCCAAUCCAAAGCCAACCCGGAGGAGUUUGAGGUGGGGUCCGAAUACAGCGACAGGCUGCCCCUGGGGGCCGAGGCUGUGAACAUCUCCCAAGAGAUCAAUGGGAACUACAGGCAGCCAGCUCGCUGAUCCGACCCCUGGCCACCCCCCCCAGCCACCGCCCCAACCUGUAUAUCAUAUAAUACAGUAAGAUACAAACUCGAGGUGGGAUCUGAGCCAUUCACUGGCUGAUCAGCUACAUCCUUCCAAAGACACUUCUGCCAACAGCCCAGCGUGGGGGAAACCCAACAGAAUUAAGAUCCCAACCCGUUUUUCUGGUCUCACUAAGUACUUCAGGGUGGGGUUGAUUUUUUAAACAAAAUAGGUGGAAUGAAUUGGCCUUUAAAAAAAGUUUUUAACACACUAUUUGAAAUACAAAGCUUUAAAACAAAACAAAACCAUCUGCUCCCAACAUAAUAAUCCUAAACGGAGGCUGUGGUCUUUUUUAAAAACUAUGUUGGUUUGUUACAAUUAAAAUACAAUGGAUUAACUAUUUCCCCCUCCUUCACAUAAGAAAAUCCGAAAAUAUCCUGAGUUAAUUUCAUCAAGGCCAGUUGUCAAUUUCAAGCGUGAGUGUUGUCAAUUUCAGCAAGUUUCUGUGCUGGACAGCUCCCAUCCCCGUCCCACGUCAAUGCAAACAGCUGUGCCCUUCCCACGCUGGGAUGCAUAAAUCCGUGUAUGGGGAGGAUGGGUGAGUGGGUAACUGAAACCCACACCAGUCCUGACCAUCCGAUCAAAGAUACACAAGGUGAUCUAGCGGGUCAAUUGUACCUACACAGUAUUAAUGGAGCCGUGCUGUAGAAUUUGAGAUGUGUGUGUGACUUGGUCCUCUCUUAACUUGUGGGUGCUUCUCAUUUCUUUAGAGGUAGGGAAGGGAGUGUGGAAAUAACACCACCUCUGAUCUUUGUUGUCCCUUUUCUCCAGACCUUCUGGGAGGCAUGUGACUCAUUGAGAUUUCCUAGAUGUUUAUUGAGUAGAGUAGCGUGCUUAUAGAGAAAUGUAUGUACCCUUGAUGUGAGUCUGUGAUGUUUAAAGGGGAACGGGAAAUGAUAGGUAACUUUUGUCGUGGAAUUGAGAAAAAUCUGAAAUGUAUAUGCAGCGCACUGUCCCCUGAGCAGGGAGCAGGUGCAUCUGUGAGUUUUUUAUUUUUUGACUCUGUAUUAAAAAAGCACCAAAAAUCAAAAUGAAAUCAGCACAACUGUCCCCAAGGCGGAGAAAGAUUGUUUGUUAAUUGAUUGUUAAAUACUUUCAAAAGCAACCUUAAAAAGAAACGGAACCAUAACCUUUUCUAAGCGCUUCUGUAUGUGCAGAGUCAAUAAACCAGAUUUAAAAUGGACUCUUUGCCCAUUAUUUAUGGGGGGAUAUGGGUAAAUUAAUGGAAAAUCAAAUCCAUAUUUCAGCUUAAAUUAAAAAGCUGUAGUAUAAUUAUUUCCCCUAUUCUGCUUUGUCUUAAACUGGAAUUUUAUUUUUCAGAUGCAGUUAUUUUUAAAAUUGUGGUUGUAAUCAUUCUAAUUUCUCCGGAGGGAUUUUUUUCCCUCGUGGUUUUGUUUGUUUUUGUACCAUUUUCUUUCUCGUUAAAGAAUUUGGGGUCGUCGUUAUAGGUGGCAGUUUCAGGGGAUUCUUGAAUUAGUUACUCAGGUUUCUGAAUUACAAAGCGACAGCCUGCUUUGUUUCAUAGGUACCUUUUGUCUGUGUUUACCUUUACAAGCACAGGGACAUUUGAAGAGUUGAUUUGAUCGCCAAUAACAUAUUUUGCUUUAUUUCACGAAGUAAUUUUAAAAAAAAAAAAAACCCGAGACACAAAAAACUGGGAAGGAAAUAACCCUAACCCCGAUCCCAACAAUAAAUUCGUCUACGAUGCAGGGAAAGCAUUGAGAAAGUUGUCACAUGGAUGGAGCAAGAAUAAAACUAGAUUGGCCACCACCAGCUUCGCGUAUGUUCAAAUAAGGUAGGUGCCUGCGGGAGGAGAGAGACUGACUGACUCCACACAGGCCAGGGUAAUAUUUAACUAUGGCCCCUUUACUGAUGAUGUACAGCCCCCAAACUAUCCGUAUGAACAUUCUAUGUACUGCGUGUCUAGAGGUACAUGCUUCGUGUGUGUCUGAAGAUGUGUGUGCAAAUACACACAUACACGUUGUUUAUGUAGGCAUAUGUGUAUACGGUGUGGUAUACACCCCAAUUAUUUAUAACCAUGCAUCUACUUUAUGAAAUAAGGUGAAUGCCCGUACUUUCGCCGUGUGGAUAUAUACACAGGCAGAUUAUUUAUAUAUGUGUUUUGCUCGUGUAGAUAAUAUAUAUACUCCGUGUGUGUGCAGAUAUAGACACACAUUUAUCUAACACCCUUACACAUCAGCUUUGUGAAUAAAAGUAAAUGUGUAUACGUUGUGUGUGGAUAUGUACACAGAUUAUUUAUAUACGUGUUUUGUUCGUGUAGAUACAUGUAUGUACUUUGUGUGUGCAGAUAUAGACACACACACACACACAGUGAA